CAAACAGUAACUUCAGUCUGCCAAGAGUCAGGUAGCCUGUUGUUGUAGUUGCUAUAACAGGAGUACUCUCAACUCAAGCUCAUAUUUCUAGGCAUCGUAGUUUACAGGAUUGACCAGCCUUUGUCUGAUUUGAUUUGGAGGACUUUAUUUUGGAGAAAACCUGGCCAGAAAGUACUUCAUCAAUUGUUUUGUAUCCCAGCAACCUGUUCUCCCAACGACUUUUCUACAGGUGAUAAAACAUGAAUGAGACGUUCACAGAUGCAUAUGAUUAUGACAUCACAGAAAACGACACUAAAGAUUAUCCAGAUGAUAACGAAUAUAUAUGUAACCUGAAUCCCAACCGUGAUAUGGAGAUAGUCAUACAGACCUACUUCCAUUCCUUCAUCUGUGCAUUCGGUUUCUGUGGCAAUGCAUUGGUGAUAGUCACAUAUGCCUUCUACAAGAAAGCCAAGACCAUGACGGACGUGUACCUUCUGAACGUGGCGGUGGCAGACCUGCUCUUCAUCGUGGCCCUACCUCUCAUAAUUUACAAUGAGCAGCAUGACUGGAGCAUGGGCUCAGUGGCCUGCAAGGCUUUGAGAGGAGCCUACAGCAUCAACCUGUACAGUGGCAUGCUCCUGCUGGCCUGCAUCAGUGGAGACCGUUACAUCUCCAUCGUCCAGGCCAGGCGCUCCUUUGGCCUCCGGUCCAAGAACCUGAUCUAUAGCCGCCUAAUCUGUACAGCCAUCUGGGCUCUGGCCAUAGCCCUGUCCGUCCCCACAGUCAUCUACAAUGAGCGGGUUGAGGAGACCAUCUUGCUGGAAGGGACUAUAACCGUGUGUCAGGAGCAGUUCCAAAGUAACAGGACCGCCCGGCUGAUGAAGGUGCUGGUGCCUAGCCUGCAGGUGGCCAUGGGGUUCUUCCUGCCCCUCCUGGCCAUGGUCCUCUGCUAUGCCAGCAUCCUAUGGACCCUACUGAGGGCCCAAAGCACCCAGAGACACAAGGCGGUUCGUGUGAUCCUAGCCGUGGUGUUGGUCUUCAUCGUGUGCCACCUGCCCUACAAUGUGGUGCUACUCUACCACACGGUGGCGCUGUUUCAGCAGAGGGAGUGUGAGGUAGAGAAGAUUAUCCUUACCACCCUCACCAUCACCAGGAGCCUGGCCUACCUCCACUGCUGCCUCAACCCCAUCCUGUAUGCCUUCAUCGGGGUCAAGUUCAGGAGCCACUUCAGGAAGAUCCUGGAGGACCUGUGGUGCAUGGGCAGGAAGUACAUCUACCCAUCUGGACGCUCCUCACGCAUGACCUCUGACCUCUAUAUCCCAGCACACAAGUCCACUGACGGAUCCAACAAAUCCAACAAGAAUGUCUCGUCGUUUACCAUGUGAACAUGGGAGUAGGUAGAGAUUGCCUCCAAUUACUAUCGGUGAUGAUAGCAUGGUUAGUCAGGAAAUCAAGUAGUGAUUUAUAUUCUGUGUACAGUGUGAGUAUUUGUUUGCUACUGUAUCUACAUAAUUUACCUAUAGUAUUUGCUGUAUUAAUCCAAUUGAAUGCUCAUCGCUACUCUAAUUACAGAUAAAAGCCAGGCAUUUUACCAGAGAAUUUUAGAACAUGGACACUGUCUCGUUGGCCUAACGUUAUAUCCUAUUUUGACUUUGGUUGAGGUCAUGUUGUUCUUCACGUUACCAUCUCUGGUAGAUACAUACUACAGUCUAUCAAAUAAAAUAUGUUAAUUUCUCACAUGAACAGGAUACAGAAGGUGUGGUGAAAGGGCUACUUGCAUAGUGGAGUCUUUUGUUUAGACAUGUAGCUAGCUAGUUAGCUAGCUAAACAAUGAAGCAUAAU